CGUUUUCAUUGUCUGUGCUUUAUCAGGUUUAUCAGUUUCGCAACAUGCCUUGGAAAAAUAUCCCUGGUGGUCUCACGCGAAUCUCCGCCGGAUCCGUCACCAAUGUUUGGGGAGUCAACGCUGCCAGCAACAUCUUUCGUUACACAGGCGAUGACACCAAACCCUGGGUCCAGAUCCCUGGUGGUCUCACCGACAUAGGCGCGGCCGCUGAUGGCACCGUUUGGGGAGUCAACGCCGGCGGCGACAUCUUCCGCUAUGUCUGGGAUUCCAAUCACUGGACCAACAUUCCAGGAAAACUCAAACGAAUCUCUGCUGGAUCCCGCACCAACGUUUGGGGAGUCAACGCCUCAGACCAGAUCUUUCGUUACACAGGUGACGACGCCAACCCCUGGGUCCAGAUCCCCGGUGCCCUCAGUGACAUUGGUGCGGGUGCUGAUGGCACAGUUUGGGGGGUGAACGCCGGUGGCUCCAUCUUUCGUUAUACUGGGGACCAAGGAGAUCCCAAUCACUGGGUUAACAUUCCCGGUGCCCUCACUGCAAUCUCUGCUGGAAUAAAAACCAAUGUGUGGGGGGUCAACGCGGCGAACGACAUCUUCACAUCCACUGGCGAUGACAAGAACGCUUGGGUUAACGUUACUGGUAAAUUGGUUGAUAUCGGCGCGGGCACCGAUGGUGUGGUUUGGGGGGUCAACGCAGGUGGAAGCAUUUUCCGUUGGAUUCGUGAUUAGCCUCUCCUUGAUGUUAGGAUUACCUUCAAACGCUCAACUGCUGUGAAAUGAAGUUUAGGACAGUGUUCCGUUCCCAAUGUAUAAGACAAAGAAUGAAAUCAAAUCGUUUACCUGCAA